AUGAAUUGUUUGGAAAUCACUGAACUUCCAGUAGAUGAUCACUUGAAAGUCAUUCUGGAUUUAGAAAAGUUCUUCUUUUUCGAGAUUACAGAAAAUAUCUCUAGUGAGGGUUCAUUAACAAUUCAAAUUUGUGAAAAGGAAGAAAAAAGGGAACAGAAAACAACUGAAGUAGAGAUGUUGAAUUAUCAUUCAACGAUGCUUAGUUUACUGUUACUGUUAAGUGUUAUCAAAGUGGACUUUAAUGUAGCAGUUGAAAUUUAUUCACAUUCACGUGUCUCAAAGAAUGGAAAUCAAAUUAUAUUUCAAUCAGACAUGCGAAAUAGAACCUCUGAUCGGCUACCAACCAGAGCGACAGACAUUGAUUCAAUGUUAAUUGAUAAAAAGAAUUUGGGUAUCGAGAAGUGA